AUGGGGCUGUUGACAAUUAUAAAGAAGCAGAAGCUGAAAGAUAGGGAGGUACGCUGCCUGGUACUAGGACUUGACAAUUCUGGAAAGAGCACCGUUGUUGACUGGGCGCUCUCUACACACAAAAACAAACCGCGGCAACCAGUGACGCCCACAGUUGGCUUCCAAAUUCACACGCUGCCGUAUCAGGGGCACAACAUCCAGAUAUGGGACAUUGGUGGGCAAUCAACGUUGCGCCCCUACUGGGACAACUAUUUCGACAAGACUGAUGUUCUUCUCUGGAUCAUCGACAUCGCUGCAGCGGCCAGAGUGGGCGAGUCCGUAAGUGAACUGGAAGUCAUUCUGCAAAACAGAGAUAGGCUAGGCUAUAGCUGCCGUAUCAUUGUAUUGCUGAAUAAGAAAGACCUUGUCAACAAACCAACUGAGGCCAUAGACGCGAUGAAGCGUCGUUUGGAUGAAAUACUCAAGCUCGAAAAUAUUCCCAUUGAAAUCAAGGCUACUGAUGCCCUUAGCGGAGAUGGACUUGAGGAGCUGCUGCCAUCAAUCAUCGGCCACAACAAGAGUUUUGGUGGUGUCGUAGGCGCUCCUGCUCCUCUGUCUUGA